UCUGUACAGGUCGCUGUAAGCGCCAUCCGUCAGGCAGGCGCGACGACGCAGCUGAUCCUCCCAGGCAGCGACUACACGUUCGCCAAGACCUUCAUCUCUAAUGGCUCCGCGGCUGCUUUCGCCAACGUCACGAACCCCAUCGGCAUCUUUGCCAAUCUCAUCUUCGACGUCUACAAGUACCUCGACUCGGACAAUUUUGAUAACCACGCAGACUGCGUGACGAACAUCAACGACGCCUUCGGCCCACUUGCAAUAUACCUGCAUACCAACGUCUGGCGGGCGUUCGACACCGGUACCGGCAGCAGAAAUACCGACUCAUGUACGACAUACCUCUGCCAGCAAAUCGCCUUCGCUCCGCAGAACUCUAGCGGUGAGUGUGCGUCUGUUGUGAGCACGAAACGACGGUUGAUAAGACUCCGCAGUCUACCCUGGCUAAGUCGGUAA